AGAGCUCCCGUCCUUCCCGGGAUGGGGGUGCUCUGUUACGCGGACGACACCCUCAUCACGGCGACAGGGCGAGAUUUUGGGGACGCAGCCCGCUUGGCUGAAGUCGGAACUGCUCUCACCGUGGACCGGAUGGAAGCGCUGGGCCUGAGGGUCUCCAUUUCGAAAACGGAGGCUCUCCUUUUCCACGGUCCACGAAGGGGACCCCCUCGAGGGGCAAGUAUCACCGUCCAGGGGACGGUGAUCAAGGUGCAGGCCCAGAUGAAGUACCUGGGCCUGAUCCUGGACGGACGAUGGAGCUUCAGGCAGCAUUUCGCUCAACUCGGGCCGAAGCUCAUCAACGCCGCUGCCGCCCUGGGACGCCUCCUACCAAAUGAUGAAAUACCCGACGUGCAACUGGGGCAGCUGUUGCGUAUCACAGACAGUGUCAAAAUAUUCAUUUUCAAGGUUAAGACCUGA